AUGAAUGAAUCGGUGUACGAGAAAAACACUUGGCAAUGGUACAAGGAUGUAAUGAGGUCGUGGUUGGAGGACCCUGGGGUAGAGGAGUAUGGGGGCCUAAACUUAACAUCAUUGAAUAUGGACCAGGCCUACAUGAUAGGGGUUUCGGAUAGAAAUGUUGGCGUUUACAGCGUUUCCGACGAUUGCUUUCGAUGUCCCUUCGAGCUUCAGAAGACUUUAGAAGCCGGCGUAGAGAGUUCUUUCGUGGUGAGCACAGCUCGGCGCGCCACCUGGCGAGUUUAUGAGGAUGUCAGCUCACAGUACAUGAGCGCUGGAAAUACCACGGAUCUCAUUUGUCAGUUGCGUCCGGAAUUGGGUCAAUUUGGUGUAUACACGUUGAACGUUAGUGGCAGUGGCUGCGACGUCAGGACUGACAAGGAGCCUGUCAAUAUUUACUUGCCUCUUCUCCUCGUACUGGCUGUGCUUUUUGGAAUAUGGAUACUAUACGGUUUGGGCAAGCUGAUAACGUCGCGGAUCUGGCGCACAGGGAAGCUACGUUACGGGGACAAAGAGCUGGCAAUACAGCAACGACUUCGUGCGCUCGACACGUUCAGAGGGAUAGCAAUUGUGUUCAUGAUUUUCGUGAAUGACGGCGCCGGUGGCUACUGGUGGCUAGAGCAUGCCACUUGGAACGGCUUGGCUGCGGGCGAUCUCGUAUUCCCCGCCUUCCUUUGGAUUAUGGGGGUUUGCAUCCCGCUGUCAGUGAAGAGUGCCUUUGCGAAGGGGAUACCAAGGUGGAAAAUUCUUCUACACAUCCUCAGGCGUUCAAUCAUGAUGUUCCUGCUGGGCGUCUCUCUGAAUACGAUGUACGGUUCAAACAUGUUGGGCGAGCUCCGCAUAUUUGGGGUUCUGCAAAGGCUCGCCGUGGCCUACUUGGUAGCGGCUGGGUUCUAUGCUCUUACUGCUCCAAAAUAUUACACACCGCCACGAGGGGCAUGUGGGCAGGCAUUCAAAGAUGUGUUAUCAUGUGUGUGGUGCUGGGCGCUGGUUGGGGUGCUGGUGGCCGUUCAUACAUCCAUUACAUUUAUCGUUCAUCACCCUGACUGUCCCGCUGGUUACCUCGGGCCCGGCGGGAAGCACGACGAGUGGGUGGCACCGGAGUGCAGCGGCGGCGCGGCCGGCUACAUCGACCGCCUACUGCUGGGCGACGCGCACCUCUACCAGAACAGCGACGCGCGUCGUCUAUACGGCGGCCCCCCAACCGACCCCGAGGGUAUAUUAGGUUGCGUGACGUCGGCGGUGCAGGCGCUGCUGGGCGUGCAGGCGGGCGCCACGGCGCUGCUGCAGCGCUCGCACCGCGCGCGCGCGUCGCGCUGGCUGGCCGCCGCGCUCGCGCUCGCGCUCGCCGGCGCGCUGCUCGCCGGCUGCUCGCGCGACCACGGCCUGCUGCCCAUCAACAAGAACUUGUGGUCUAUGUCAUUCGUUCUGGUCACGACGGCGUGUUCGCUGGCUUUGCUCAGCAUUUGCUACACGUUCACGGACGUGUGGCGCAUUUGGGGAGGAGAACCGUUCCGAGCCCCGGGACUUAAUGCAAUAGCCCUGUACGUCGGUCACUCUGUCUGCGGGCAUUUGUUCCCGUUCCACUGGCGCAUUCCCCACAUGCGCACCCACUCGGUGUAUCUUAUUGAAGCGGUUUGGGGCACAGCACUCUGGGUGAUCAUUGCCCACAUCAUGGCGAAGAAGAAAGUGUUCAUAACCCUCUGA